ACUGCACAAGACUCUCUUCUUCUUUUUAGCCUAACCGAAAUUUGAUAUUUGAUUAAAUAAUAAUAAUGACGGUUCUUCCUCCUCUAACUUUGGUUCUAAUGGGUCGUACUGGAAAUGGGAAAAGUGCAACUGGAAAUGGUAUUCUUGGAAAGAAGGCGUUUGUGUCAAGAAAAAGUUCAUCAUGCGUUACUAAAACUUCAUCGUUGGAGAAAUGUGUAAGGAAUGAUGGACAAGUAAUAAAUGUCAUUGACACUCCUGGAAUGUUCAAUUCAUCGGGUGAAUCAAGAUCCACUGCAAAGGAAAUAAUGAAGUGCAUGGAAUUGGGAAGUGAAGGCAUCCAUGCUGUUAUUUUAGUUUUUUCGAUUAGGAACCGAUUCACUCAAGAAGAAGAAGCCACCAUUCAAACCCUACAAAAUACAUUUGGACCCAAAAUCGUGGAUUACACCAUUGUAAUCUUAACUGGAGGCGACGAAUUCGAGAAUGAUGAAGACAUAGAAGAUUACUUGAGCCAUGAAUGUCCUAUGGCUUUGAAGAACAUUCUAGCUGCCUGCAAGAAUAGGUGUGUGAUAUUUGACAACAAAACUAAGAGUGAAGAAAAGAAGGAUGAACAAGUGAAAGAGCUUUUGGAAUUGGUGAAGGAAAUUAUUGACCAAAAUGGAGGACACCCCUACAAACCCCCUUUGAUUUCUAAUCAAAAGCUUGAGAAGGAAUUUGAUGAAGUCAAAACAAAGCUUGAACAUUUUUGCACUCAAGAUCAUUCUUAUUCUGAUCCCAAGCUUGAAGAAAAGUUGAAUGAGUUCAUGUCGGAGGUAAACAACACGCUUCAACGACAAUUGGAAGAAGAAAGAGAAGCACGGCGUCAAGUAGAAGAGAAAACGCUAAAAAUACAGAAACAAUAUAACGACGAAACUCAGAAGCUUAAUGAAUUGCUACAUUGUUCACUUCAAAUACCACCACCCGUGGAGGUUGAGCGACAAUCUGAACGUCGUCUUCUAAUUCAAUCUAUACUUGCAAACAUUAAACGUCUAAUUAGACUCUUAUUCUAAAAACAAUAUUAUUGUAAUCAAUUAAUAUGAUUGUAUGCAUAUUAUAUAUAUGUGUGUAAUUUGAAUGUGCGUAAUUAAAACCUUGCUUGAAUAAGGCAUCUGCCACCUGUGAUGUGUGUUUGUGUGUGCAUUGUAAUGUUAAAAUGACAUGUAAUAAUGGAUUAUUAUCAUAUAUAUCAUAUAUGUUAUAUUUAUUUGGAUAAAA